GUACCAGCCACCAGGGGACAGGCCGGGGCACCUUAUCAGUUCAUCCUGUAAACUCGGGUUUAUGUGAUUUUAUGAAAUAAUCUGUGGUUGUUAUUAGUUAUUACCACGAAUUAAGAUUUUCUUAACUAAUUAAUCGUUAUUAAAUCUGUGACUUCAUUCUUUUAUUAUUUUUGUCACAUCAGAUAUUUGGUAAUUAAUACUUAAUAUGUCUGAAAGAAAAGUAUUAAAUAAAUACUAUCCCCCAGAUUUUGAUCCUUCAAAAAUCCCGCGCAUGAAACUUCCAAAAAAUAGACAGUAUACUGUACGUCUUAUGGCACCAUUCAACAUGCGAUGUAAGACAUGUGGUGAAUACAUUUAUAAAGGCAAAAAAUUUAAUGCUCGAAAAGAAGAUGCAGAAAAUGAAGAUUAUUUGGGUAUACGUAUUUACCGGUUUUACAUAAAAUGCACUAGGUGUUUACAAGAAAUAUCUUUUAAAACCGACCCACGUAACACAGAUUACGAAAUAGAAGAAGGAGCUACACGCAAUUUCAUGGCUCUAAAACUAGCACAAGAACAGGAAAAGAGAGAAGAAGAUGCUGAAAAGGAAGAAGAAGCUACAAAUCCAAUGAAAUUAUUGGAGAAUCGUACUCAACAAUCUAAGCAAGAAAUUGAACUUAUGGAAUCCCUUGAAGAGCUAAGAGAUUUAAAUAGACGUCAAGGUAAUGUGGACUAUGAUUCAAUGUUAUUAAAGUACAACCCUGCUGAAUUAAAAGAGCAAAUUAAGCGAAUGCAAGAGGAAGAAGAUGAAAAUACAGUAAAAAAUUUGAUGGGUAUUAAGCGUAAGAUUAAUGAAAAUGAAGAGUUAGUAAAAUCUGAUGAUAAUAUGACUAAAAGUAAAAUAAAUAAUGUAAUCACUUCAACAACACAGUCUAGUGUGAAGAAAAAGGUUUCGAAACUCAACCUUUUAAACUUAGUUAAAGUUAAUAAUGUCACAAAUACCAACAAGACAAAUGAAUCUUGUAAUUCAUUAUCAUUAAUUGGCAAUUAUUCCAGUAGUGAUGAUUCUAAUUAAAGUCUAAAAAUAAAUUUUAAUUCUAAGUAAUUGAAGGUAUAGUUUGAAAGUUUAAAUUAAGAUAUUUUAUAAUUUAGUGUAUAAUUUAUAUUUUAUUAAUUAUAUAAUAAAUAUUUAAUUUAGUAAC